AUGGACGUUGUCGAGAGGGUCAACGAUGUUGCAGAGAAGGAAGCGAAGCUCCAGACGGAAUUAACGGAACAAGUUCAGUUGCUGACAGAGUGCGACCAGAAACAGGAAAGCCAAAUCAAGGAGAUUGAUGGCCAUGAAAAGAAGAACCAUGAGGAGAUUGAGAUCUUGAAGGCCAAGGUGGCCUCUCUCGUUGAGCACCUUGAAGAACAGGAUGACCCAGCCGACAUGCAGGCGAAGAUCGAUGAUAUCAUGGAGCAGAUUGAGCAGCUAGCGAAACGUGAUGAAACCCAGCAAGCUGAGAUUCAGAACGUUGCUGACAAGGAAGCGAUGCUGGAACAGGAACUGACUGAGCGAGUUCAGUUGUUGACAGACUGCGACCAGAAGCAGGACGGCCAGAUCAAGGACAUCGAAGGUCGCGAGAAGGAGACCCGCGAGGAGGUUGAGGUGUUGAAGGCCAAGUUGGAGUCUCUCGUGGAACACCUUGACGGCAAAGAUGACCAAGCAGAU